AUGGCUGGGACCCUCAUACUUGCCAAUGUCGGGGUCCGUGGUGCGAGAACUACGAUCCUACGUGUGAGGUCUGGAACUGGAGGUACUGCACGUGUACUCGACCAGGAAAGGGAACUCAAUGUCAGCCUCAAUGCAGACCUGAAUGUCAGAAGAACUAUUGCUGCGAAUAUGGCUGGGACCCAGUUCAUUGCAGGUGUCGGGGUCCGUGGUGCGAAAACCGCAAGCCUCAAUGCGACGACUGGGACUGGGAACACUGCAGAUGCAGAUCGAAGUGUCCUGUCUGUCAGUGUGAUAAACCAAGACCACCCAGCUGCAAGAUUUGGGACGAGGUUGAAUGCGAAUGCAAGGACUCAGUUUGUUCAAAGACGAAGAAUCACCACAAUUGCAAGAUAUGGGACUAUCAGCACUGCUAUUGUGUGA